AUGGUCGAGGACAAGGACGCGAGGCUGCUGCAGGGAGCACACAAUGCGGCGCAGGACGGGCAGAAUGGGCAGAAUGGAACUGUAGCAGACAAAGGGCCGGGCAAGCAGGGCGAGUUUGAGAGAACGGGCGGGGUGCCUCGCGCACCACAGAAGACGGAUACGGGCGGCAGCACCACCAGCACCACCAGCACCACCGGCAAGAAGAAAGGCCCAGAGGGAGGCUUCGACGACACGCCCGUACCGCGCGCACCACCUGGCUGGACAGUCAAGUUUACCUUUCACGGGGCCAGCAACCUGCCCCUCGCCGACAUCAACACGCUGUCGGCCGACCCCUUCAUCAUCGCCCAGCUCAGCACCGCGCUGCCCACCCGCCACAAGGAAGACCCGCCGCUGCGAGUGCGCACGCCGACAAUCCGCCAAAACACCAAUCCGCAGUGGAACUGCGAGUGGAUCGUGGCCAAUGUUCCCUCGUCCGGCUUCCGCCUCAAGUGUCGCAUCUACGACGAAGACCCCGCCGACCACGAUGACCGCCUCGGCAACGUCCAUGUCGACGUGCCCGCCAUCACCGAGGGCUGGCCCGGCAUCCAACACCAGACAUACCCGAUCCGCAAGCGCAUGGUGAGCAAGCGCGCGUGGCUGUUGCGCGCCUUCGCCGUCUGCUUCGGCAAGGCCAAGCACAUGACCGGCACGCUGACCGUCAGUGUCGACGUGCUCGGCAGGACAGCGGGCGACAAUGGCGGCCGCGUCUACACGGUCGGCCCCCAGUUUUGGAUCCGCCACUACUCCCCUCUCCUCGGCCGGCUGCUGGGCCAGAAAGAACCCGACUUGGAAGGCUCCUCGACGUCGCGGCGCAACGGCAAGCAGAAGCCACAAAAGUACAACUUCCAGUCCAACCAGAUGCAGCUGCGCGGGCCUGUCCCCGAAGCCAUGUACCAUCGCUACGUCGAGUUCAAGCCAUUUGUCAAGAGCAUGUUCACUGCAAAGGGCGUCCGCGGCUACCUCCUCUCCAAAGCCCUGCACCACCAACACGCGCGCGUCUAUAACUUUGACCACGCCACCGAAUACAAGGUCGAGUCCGAGCCCUCGAAGAGAUUUACCCAAAAGUUUCUUGAGCUCGUCCAUUAUGAUCAAGGGGGGCGCAUCUUCACCUACGUCCUGACCCUCGACGCCCUCUUCCGCUUCACGGAGACGGGCAAGGAAUUCGGCAUCGAUAUGCUGAGCAAGCACACCAUGCACAGCGAUGUAGCCGCCUACGUCGCGUAUAGUGGCGAGUUCUUCAUCAGGCGACGAAGACAUCCUCAUCGUCCUCCGCCUGAAGAAGAAGAACAAGAAGAAGGCGGCGGCGGUGCCAACAAUCAAUCCCACCCCCCACCCGACCACGACAACGGGCCUUCCUCCACCUCCACCUCCUCCUCCCCCAAUAUCAACAAAAGACGCUCCCACAACUCCUCCCGCAGCGACGACGCCAGAAUUCGUGACCCAAGCUACUACGAACUCGUCAUCGACAACGACAGCGGCACCUACCGCCCCAACGCCAAACUCCUCCCCCAACUUCACUCCUUCAUGUCCGCCAACUUCCCCGGCCUAAGCAUCCUCACCCUCGACUGCCAAGCCGACGCAGAGAAAAUGGCAGCCAUGAAGGACGAGCAGCGCGAGCGCAAGAAGCGCGAGGGCGACCAUGUCGUCUACACGCAGAUUAGCAGGACCAGCAGCCUGUCGAGCUCGGACGAGGAGGAGCUGGAUCGCUUGGAACUCCAGGGUGAGAUGCGCGCCCCCCAUUUGCGACAUCAGGUCCAGCGCGAGGCGGGCGCGCGCGUGCACGCUGUCAAGGAGCAUGUCAAGGAUUUUACCCCGCGGCGGAACGCAGAGGGUUGGCGGCGAGGUGGGGGCCCGGAGAAGAAAGGGCUUGGUGGUGGCAAGGGGGGUGGAGAGGAUGGGGGGGAGAAUCCGAGCAAGUGA